UGCACUCCUGUCACAGCAUGCAGCUCCUGGUGGUGUUAGCAGCUCUCAUGGGGGUUGUGUUCAGCGUUAGAGCAGCUGCCGUGCUUCCUGUGGAGGAUAGGAGCCCCAUCCAUGUGAACAGGGAGCUGAGCAAAGAACGCAAGGAGCUGAUCCUAAAGCUGGUGUCUGGCUUGUUGGAUGGAGCUCUGGACACAAACAUGCUGCCGGGAGAAGCGACACCUGUGGAGCUCGAGGAGCCGCUGGAGUCUCGUCUGGAGGAGAGAGCUGUGUAUAACAGGCUAUCGCUUCCCCAGCGCGACCGCAAAGCUCCCUGUAAAAACUUCUUCUGGAAAACUUUCACCUCCUGCUAACAGUGCACAAAAAAAACCCCCCACUCGGCUCCGCCUGCCUCCGGUACUCCUUCCGUUCCAGCUCUACAUAAACUGUGGUAGACCUCAGCUGUACAUAUCAUCUACACCUGUCAGACAUGCAACAUCGAUGGACUUCACUGAGACAGUGUGUCUGUUUGAAUAUUAAUUAUUUAUGUAUCUAUUUAUGUAUACAAUGUAUGUAACAGUUUCUUUCAGGGUCAACAAUAAAGCAUGGAUAUAAUAUUUAAAAUGGUGAUAACAGUUAAUUACUUUUUGUUUUUUGAAGGUCAAAUUUUCCUCCUCCUGCUUCUGUAAUAUAAAUGCAAAGGCAGAUUUCUUAGAAGUAUUGUAGCUGCAUUUUUUAUUGGGGCUAUUUUACUACACUAAAAUAAUCGAGAUAUUUCAGGG